AAAAUAAUUGUGUUAAAAAAUUUGGAUAUUGAACCCAAUAAAAGUGUUAUUACUAUUUAAAUUUAUGAUAAUUUGAAUGUAUUUUUGGUUAUUUCAAUAUUGAAAAUAUUAAAUAAUUGAAAAUUGCGUGAACAGAUGGCGAUUGAGACGAAUAAACUUUUGCUGUCCACACAGCAGGAGAAACCGAAUCAUUAUACAUAUUUGAAGGAAUUCCGUGUGGAACAGUGUCAAUCCUUUUUACAACACAAAUGCAAUCAGCACCGUCCCUUUGUAUGUUUCAAUUGGCAUUUCCAGAAUCAAAGACGCCGCAGACCGAUAAGAAAGCGCGAUGGUACCUUCAAUUAUAGCGCUGAUAACUAUUGCACAAAAUACGAUGAAACUACAGGCAUAUGUCCGGAUGGCGAUGAUUGUCCCUUUUUACAUCGGACAGCCGGUGACACUGAACGACGUUAUCACUUGCGUUACUACAAGACAUGCAUGUGCGUCCAUGACACAGACAGCCGUGGCUAUUGUGUAAAGAAUGGGCACCAUUGUGCUUUUGCCCAUGGUGCUCAGGACCAAAGACCACCAGUGUAUGAUAUUAAGGAAUUGGAGGCUUUGCAGAAUGCCGAGCUAACGUUGGAUGGUGCCAAUGCACAGAAUGCAUUAGACAAAGAACGCAAUCUUAUGAAUGAGGAUCCCAAGUGGCAGGAUACUAAUUAUGUAUUGGCAAAUUAUAAAACGGAGCCAUGCAAACGGCCACCACGUCUGUGUCGUCAGGGCUAUGCAUGCCCUCAGUAUCAUAAUAGCAAGGAUAAACGUCGUAGUCCACGUAAAGUCAAAUAUAGAUCUACUCCUUGUCCGAAUGUCAAACAUGGCGAGGAAUGGGGUGAACCUAGCAAUUGUGAGGCCGGUGAUAAUUGCCAGUAUUGCCACACUCGCACCGAGCAACAAUUUCAUCCGGAAAUUUAUAAAUCGACAAAAUGCAACGAUGUGCAACAAGCCGGUUACUGUCCUCGUAGUGUCUUUUGUGCAUUUGCCCAUGUAGAACCUUAUAUUGUCACUGAGGAGAAGUCCCGCGAUUUAGAUGCAAUUACUACAAAUUUAGCUCUAAGUGAUUUAAUAUCAAAUGCUUUGCCCGAUAUCAAGCCUAAGGAUGCGACAAACAACAAAAGCGGCUCAGGACUAAUGACAAUUGGCGAAAAUUUAUUGAAUAUUGAUGGUAAUGAUUCAGCCAAUAAUUUGUUGGUUAAUGCUUUGGAGAAAUCCGCUAAUCAGGGCAAAUAUUUAAACUUCACAUUGCCAAUGGACAGAAUUUCCGCUUGUUCCAUUGACGAGCAACGUGAUAACGCACUCUCGGCCAGUAUAGCUAAUAGCAGUCUUAUGACCAGGUCUUCGGCUCCCAUUAACAUUCCAAAUUCGGCCCUAAGUAACUCAAUUAAUGAUUUUAAUUCAAGUGGAUUUGCCGUCAACAUUCCCUACAGUCCCACCAAUCACACCGCAGGUGGCCUGUUCAAUGUUCAGGAUGCCUUCAACUAUGGCAGUGCUAGUACAAACAAAUUGAGCAAUUCCUUGAGUGCCGCCAAUCAAAAUGAGUGCAGCAACAAUUUCUUCUUUCCCUCGCACAUCAUUUCACCCGGUUUCAAUGAUGGCCUCUCCAUAAGUCCCUCACUGCGACUCUCCGAUUUGAAUGCCAUGCCCGAUGAUUUGAAUAGUGGUUCGCUGGGCAACAGUUUGACCACCAAUAAGAAUGCAUUUUCCUUGCAGUCACUGCACACGCAGAACAACGGUGAUGUGGGCCGCAUGACAUUGGAAUUGAUGACCACCAAAUCGCAACUAUUGAAACUAUCAACGCGCUUGGAAGAAAUUUCACGCAAGUUAUCAGAGGCCAAACAGGAAGCUAUGGGCUGGAAAGAUCGUUAUGAAACUGCACAAAUACAAUUGAAUUUAUCUUCAGAGCUGAGAAAUCUUUCAAUACAAAAAUUGAAACAUUUACAGUCCAAACUUCGUACCGAUUUGGAGGAUGUGGAGAAAGUCUUAUAUCUGGAAAACGCCAAGAAAUGUAUGAAAUGUGAAGAAAAUAAUCGCACUGUUACCUUAGAGCCAUGCAAUCAUUUCAUAUUGUGUGAUAAUUGUGCAACGUCGGUGACUGAGUGUCCCUAUUGCCAAAUACCAGUGGUGACAACUCACACCUAAGUGAGAAAAAGGCAGUGUAAGUGAAAAGGAUAAUGGCCACAAGAAUAGGCCAACAAGAUGACAAAAAAAAACUCCUCUGCGGUAUUUAUAGCCAGACCAAGAAUGGCUGAGAUACCAACCAAACACACUAUAGGAACACAUAUUAACAAAAAAAAAAAAAAACAAAUGCAAACAAUUGAAACAGGAAAGCAAAACUAAUGGAACUAUAAAAAUAUUAUUUACAUUUUUUUUUUUUUUUUGAUUUUUUUAUCCUUUUCUCAUUUGAUGAUGAUGAUGAAAAUGAAGAACUCGUAUUAAAUUUAUAAUGUUUACACAUACACACACACAUCUAUUAUAUAAUAUUAUACUGUAUAUGCUAAAUGAUAACAACAACAACAACUCUUGUAGGAAGUCUAUUUUUUUACUAAAUGUUUUACGUUUAUAAACAAUUUUUGUAUUGUAUGUAUGUAUUAACAGUGAUAUAGUGAACAGAUGAAACAACAACAACAACAAAUACUUUUGUAUUUAGUUAAAUGACCGACAGAUAGAAAUAACUUUUUUGCAACAUUAACACAAAAUAGGAAAAUGAAUGAAUGAAUUGCAACAACAACAACAACAGCAACCAAACUAAAUAUUUCAGUUUCCACAAAAACAAAGUGAAACAUUUUUUUCUCUAUAUAAGUGCAGAACUAGUAUUUUUGUUUUACAAAACUAAUUUCUUAUUGUAUUUAUAGUUAGUUACACCUCCAUUGGGUGUAUAAUUUCAAUUGAAUGUAUGCUCGUUUACAAUAGAAUGAUGAGAAAACUAAAGUUUUUUCUUUUUUUAUAUAUUUUGAUUUAUUUUUUUUAAUAAUAAAUACAUAUAUUUAAUUUUCAUAUAUGUAUUAUAUGUAUGUUUAAGUUCCUUUCUCUUUUGGAGACAAUUAUAUAUUGAUAUAAACAAAAAAAAAACAACAACAAUAACACUCACACACACACUUAUAGAGAUAUACACACACAUGAAAAGUGUAAAAAAAGGUAAAAAGAAUUAAAAACAAAAAAACAACACAGAACAAUAAACAAUUAAUGCUUUUUAUUAUUAUGAUUAUUAUAACAAUUAUUAAAAAAAAUGAAAAAAACAAAUAAAAAAUAAAUGUGUAUGUACUAUAUUCCAAAAUGACAAUGGACAACCAGAGAAACAAAUAUGAAAUUCUAAAAGCGUAAACUAUGAAACUAAACCACCACAAAAACAAAACAAAAA